AUGGCACCAAUCAAAGUCGGCGUCGUAGGCUACGGCAACUCCGCCAAGAGUUUCCAUUUGCCGUUCAUCACUUCUAUCCCAGACUACGAAGUAAUUGCUAUUCUCCAGAGAAAAGAAGCACCAGCAGAUCCAUCAUCCGCCCCGAAAGGAUCGCACUGCACCGUUGACUUUCCUCACAUUAGGCAUUAUCGCACACCUGAGGAAUUCUUCGCCGACAAGGAUAUUCAGUUUGUGGUUGUCGCUACCCAGCAUGAUACACAUGCAUCUUUUGCAGAGAAAGCGCUCGAUGCGGGCAAGCAUGUGAUUGUCGAUAAGCCUUUUGCUGUAUCGGCUGAAGAGGCAGAUAGAGUUAUUAGACUAGGUGAAGAGAAGGGUCUCAUCCUGACUUGUUUUCAGAACCGACGAUGGGAUGCCGACUUUCAGACCCUCCGCCAUCUCAUCAACAAAGGUGCACUGGGCGACAUCAAAGAGGCUGAAUUGCACUAUGACUUUGAGUCACCACCGUGGCUGUCUAAAAUGGGAGCUAAGUACUCCCCUGGCUCUGGCAUGGCCUUUGGUCUCGGUACGCACAGCCUCGACCAAGCGCUUGUUCUGUUCGGACGUCCAAAAUCUGUGACAGGCUUCUUCCGAGUCCAGCGCGACGCUGAAAGUGAAGUUGAAGACUCAUUCACGAUUAUUCUACAGUAUGAUGGCGCGCAGAAAGAUCUUCUCGUCACGGUUAAGACCGCUGUAACUACGCCGAUGGCACAGCAAUUAAAACAGCUUGUUCGAGGAACAAAGGGUUCUUUCAUCAAGUUCCAAAAACACAGCCUGUGCGCAACAGAGGACGGUAUCGCUGCCGGCCUAAAACCGCUCGAUGAGGGUUUCGGUGUUGAGUCCGAUGAACUGCGGGGCAUUCUCACGACAUAUGAAGAAUUUGAUGGUCAAGUCCAACAGUACGAUCCAGAGAUCAAAAAGUAUACUGGUCGAUACCCAAGCUUCCCAGGUCGAUGGUUGGGAUUGUAUGAGAAUGUCGCUGACGCGAUUAAUGGCAAGGCAGAGUUGGAAGUCAAGCCUACGCAGUCGCGCGAUGGGUUGAGAGUCAUUGAGCUAGCGAGGGAGUCGCACCAGAAAGGCGCCACAAUUCCUUGGUCAUGAGGCGAAUCCUCUUACUCUGUUCAAUAAAAAAGAAUAGGGUCUAGCCGCAUGCCUUUUAUCACCUUAAAUUAAACCGCUAGGAGUCAGAUGGUGAAACAGCAAAAAGAGAGGAUAAUAGCGG